ACAUGACUUUACUCUUGUGACACACAUUCCUUCUCCAAAACGAAAUAUCAUGGCAUUAUGAAACAUGAGAUCUUAUCAGUUUCCGUUUAUACUGAAUACAUUACUGGUGAAAUGUUUACAGUAUUCUCUAAGCGGAAAUGAAUGAUGGGGGAGUGUGAGUGGGAUUGAGUAACUCAGCUGAAGUUGGAUGACAUGCGUAAAGUUUAUCUAAACUUCAUUCAACCCACCGACGAUCACCAAUGGCAACAGCAGCUUUGACUGAUUCCAGACGCUUCUUCUUCCUGUACGACAGUUCAAAGGUGCAAGAAGAGGGUGACCUGACUAGAGAUGGGAUUUACUACUUCUCUCCUGAGGAUACACCAAUAGACCAACAAGAGCUGCUUUGUGGACAGCUGGCUGGUGUGUGUCGUUGUGUGUCUGAGCUGUCGUCAUCUCCUGUACGUCUGCUUCGCCUGCGCAAAAGCAAAUAUGCAGUCCGCAUGAAGGAUAACUUUCUUUGGGCAUUAAGUUGUGUAGUUGACAUUCCUGAUGUGAGUGUAUGUGACUUACUUGAUCAGCUGAUUGCCCUCUUCUGUUUCUACAAUGGACCAGUGCGUCAGAGCUACCAGUUGUACAGUAAGGAGGAGUUGGCUCUACAAUGGGCCAGAUAUCUCUGUCACCUGCACGGUGGCUCCACUGAGUUGCACAACAUCUUUAGCUGCCUGAGGACCAUUGACUCCACACAUAUUGAUCCUCUGCUGCUCCUGAAAGCUGCCCUCAUUCUUCAGGCAUGUCAGCGAUGUCCUCUGGUCCUGGCAGGUUGUAUCCUCUACAGGGGCAGAGUGGUUAGUACUCAGAUGCCUCCUGCGCUGACAGUGAAGGUGAUGGUGUACGAGACGCAAACGUACAGCCAGGAUUUCCGUGUGACAUCCAAUGGCCUGAGCUCAUCGGUGGGCUCACCGUCCUCUUUCACAGCUACCGCACAGGUUUUCCUGACACUGACUGAACUGCACAUGCUCCGCUGCCCCCCAGUGGAUAGAGCAUGCAGGUCUCACUGCAAUCAACCUCCCUGCCAACCCAGCAAGUCCCGCCUCUUGUCGCGCACUUUAUCCGACACCCCAACCACAGAUACUGACUCUUCAAGUUUAGAUCCCACGCAGUGUCCCCCAACAUUCUAUCAGACGAUGCCGUCCUCUCCUCGCUCUUCGCUCUCUGAUGAAUCAUGUUUCAGCCCCUUUCCCUCACGGGUUAACACACCCCUUCACUCCAGUCUCAUGAACCAAUCAGAGUAUUUCACUCCUGACUCACAUGACCACAGCACAUCUAAUGGAACUAACUUGUGUGAGGUGAAAGAAAGUUUGGCAGGCCUGAACAUUAAGCAGGAUAUAGAUGCAAACUCAGGGUCUGAAACCAGAAGCGAAGGUUUAAACUCAGAUCAGGACAUUCACAGUGAAGAAAUCAAAGCCCUCACUAAUGGGUAUGAGCAGUCGAACUGUGAAGAAAAUAAACUGGAUGCUAGCAAUCAUGUGACCGAUAAAAAUGGCAAAUUCAGAGGGGAAACAGAGGGCGAGGCAAGAAUAAACAGCAAGCAAGUCAAUAGGAGACUCAAGGAGAAAUAUGAACGCACAAACACCCCAUCACCACAUGAGACCCUAGCAGACAUCUCUCUAGUGCCCUCAGUGUUGUACCAGCACAGAGUCAGAGGUUUGGUCUUGGCCUUACUGGUGGAGCCUGAGUUCAACACAGACCCCACUGCCAGAGAGGAAGUGAAUCACAGCAGCUUGGCAUCACUAAAUGGGCUUGAGGCUCACUUGAGGAAUGCCUCGCCUGCGCCCGGCCCACCAGGGCCCUACACCUUUGCGCACUAUGACUGCAUUCAAAACACUCUCACUACUAACCUAUGUGGGCGCUCUGCUGGACCCCAGGAUCAGGCCUUUGUGAAGGCCACUAAGCUGCUCCAUUCACAUUUCUCACACUUAGACACACUACAGGAGGCCAUUGUCAGGAACGCUAGCUCGGCAGUGUACGGAACCCGUAGUACGGCCCAAGAGACGUAUUUUCUCCAGCAGGGAACACCUGUCAGAAACUCUGGAAGUCCUGAUCCUCAAGAUAGUGCCUUCUCGCUACCCAGAAAAACCCGUCAGCGGCUCCUCAAACAUGGAGUUAACCUGCUUUAGCUGGGUUUUUAUAAUCCUCUUAGAUGUCUUUUAUUUCAUAGAUAUCCACCAUAUUUAUACUGUAUAUGUCUCUCAAACUGCUCAGAAUGUAAUUCAUGCUUUUUUGUUAUAAUAGGCUGCUGUUUGUUUAUUUUGUUAUUAAAAGUAGAGGCUGAAAGUGGUAAUAUAUGUCAUCCCAAAUAAUACGAAAAUGUAGAGGAAGUGUCUCCGUCCUGAGAGACGGGUUCUGCUGUAGCCCUUUGCUGUUUAAAUGAGAAAACUGAGGCUUUAAAAAGUGAACAUUCAGUGUUACUGUUACCUUUUUUAAAUGGAACAAAAUUGUGCUUGUGUUAAUAAAUGUCCUUUAGUAAACACGUCUGAGAUUCUGUCAGGAGUUUAAAUAUAUUAAAUACCUGACAAAACUUUUUGAAGCUUCAAAGUUUU